UCUCACACUGGAAAGACAGUGGUUAUCUUUUUCCUCGAGCAAAAGGCACAUCUUCGAGAGAGAAAGCGAAUCGGCACCUGUCCGAAUUAUUUGUUUGAUUUGUCUCGUUUUGGUUGUUUUGUAUUGCCUGUCGUUAUUCGGGAUUUGUUGUGUGAACGUUGUCAUUUACUUCGUCCUGGGUCGCUUACUGUGCAGUAGGCUAUAGGUGUACUAAUUCACGUAGCCUACACUUUUUAAACCUACGGCGCCUUUCAACGUUCGUUUACCGUUUAUCGUGGCAAAGGAGGAGUCUCAAAUAGUCUUAUUUUUUAAAUUAUAUUUUGACAUUGGUAAAUAGCGCUCUCUGCGGACUGGACCAAUGAGUUGCCCAUGCCCAGCGGAUCCACGAGUUCACGCUCAAUAGCUGGACCGAUGUGCGCCAGCAGACCCCGGAAACACACACCUCUGAUGGAUAAUUUAUCUACCGUUUUCGAGCUGCUUUCGGGCCCUUUGCACUUUCUUUAUACCUUAUGUUGUGCAUAAAGCCUUGAGGUAGGACUCGGAGUUGUAGAGCCGAAAGCAGUUGAGAUAAUGCCGCUUGCCCAACUCGACCUUUGGUCUGAACCGAGUCGACCUGUUUUACCUGGGCGCAUGCUGAGAAUCCUCUCGUUCUGAAUCACAAAAGGAGCCUGCUGUCUGGACUUCUAUGUGGUUGGGAAUACAAAAGUUGAACACUGAAAACUUUAGUCUACUCAAGACGGCAAGAAGUGAAGAUGGUUACGUGUUCAACGUGUAUUUCAUUAAAUUGGCAUCCAGUGUAAUAAACAUCAUCAGUGAUGUAGUGAGUCUGUUCAUAUGUGUGUUCAUCAUUUGCGGUAAAUAUUCACAACUGCUCAAACAGGGGACUAUGAAGAUGCUACUCUUCCGUAAAUUCCGGGUUUUGAUUCUCAUGGUGUUUCUAAUCGCCUGCUCGAUGCACAUCUUGAUAGAUUUGUUACCAAAGCUGGAGAAGCGCAGCAACAUCGGCUGCUCCUGCUCGCACACGCCGAGCAAGGACCCUCAGAACUGGGCUAAACACCGAGCCAGGUCGGGAGUGGAGUCAGGCUGGCCUAACAAACACACUCUGAGAAUCCUCCAGGACUUCAGCAAUGAGCCAAACUCUAACAUCUCUUCCCAUUCUCUGGAGAAGACCCCCAAAGCAGGGGACAAAACGGAAGCCUUUAAACGGCCUGAACAUUUUCCGCAAAAUGGUGACAAGAAUAGACGGUUUAUACAGGACACUGUGGUCAACAAAAACGUACCUGUCAAGGGUUCAAGGUUGCUGGCGCUGUUUGACCACCCGUUAUUCAAGAGAGCCUUACCAUCUCUGACCGACGAGGACACCUUAUUCAACGUCAACACAGACAUCAGAUUAGACCCCAAAGCCACAGAGAAUCAGGAAUGGCACGCUGAGGGGAACAUGGAGGAGUACACUCCAACAGGAGGGGAGCUGGCGGCUGACUCCUACCCCAACUGGCUCCGCUUCCACAUAGGGAUUAAUCGAUAUGAGCUCUACUCCAGACACAACCCAGUCAUCGAUGCCCUCCUCAGGGACCUGGUCUCACAGAGAAUCACCAGCGUCGCCAUGAAGUCUGGAGGCACCCAGCUGAAACUCAUCAUGACGUUCCAGAACUAUGGACAGGCUCUGUUCAAACCUAUGAAGCAGACCCGGGAGCAGGAGACGCCCCCUGACUUCUUCUACUUCUCGGACUUUGAGAGACACAAUGCUGAGAUCGCUGCCUUCCAUCUGGACAGGAUCCUGGAUUUCCGCCGUGUCCCUCCUGUAGCCGGUAGACUAUUGAAUAUGACUAAAGAGAUCAAAGACGUCACCAGAGACAAGAAGCUGUGGAGAACCUUCUUCAUAUCACCAGCCAACAACAUCUGUUUCUACGGGGAGUGUUCGUACUACUGCUCUACGGAGCAUGCUCUGUGCGGUAAGCCAGACCAGAUCGAGGGUUCCCUGGCUGCCUUCCUCCCAGACCUUACCCUGGCCAAACGCAAGACCUGGAGAAACCCCUGGAGACGAUCCUACAACAAACGCAAGAAAGCAGAGUGGGAGGUGGACCCUGACUACUGUGAAGAGGUAAAACAGACCCCGCCCUACAACAACGGCACCCGUCUACUGGACAUCAUGGACAUGACCAUCUUUGACUUCCUCAUGGGCAACAUGGAUCGUCAUCACUACGAGACGUUUGAGAAGUUUGGCAACGAGAGCUUCAUCAUCCAUCUCGACAAUGGGAGAGGGUUUGGAAAGCAUUCCCAUGAUGAGGUGUCUAUUCUGGUGCCUUUAAGCCAAUGUUGCAGAGUGAAGAAGUCGACCCACCUGCGUCUGCAGCUGCUGGCUAAGGAGGAGUACCAGCUGAGUGGUCUGAUGUCCGAGUCUCUGCUGAGGGACAAACUGACCCCCAUCCUCAUCCAGCCCCACCUGAAGGCUAUGGACAGACGACUACGCUACACACUCAACAUCCUGGCAGACUGCAUCGAGAAGGAGGGCUAUAGUAAUGUUGUGGAGGAUGACCUGGCGGGGGAGAGGGAGGGGGGGCACACAUCACCCAGGGGGAGGUAGCUGGGAGGCCUGGACCGUUCUGGAAUAGACUGGAUUGGACCGGAUUGAACUGGCCGGAACUAGAGUGGAUCGGACUGAACUGGAUUGAACCAAUGUGAACCGCCAUCACCAUAGGCCCCUUAAAUAAUUUAGUGUACACUACCCAACCAACCUAUCGAUCGAUGGAUUGCCCACCAAAGCGCUACAGACCAUGAAAGUCUUGUGAGAGACGCUUGUCUUGUUCAAAAGACGUUUUUGAAUUCAGUGAAUUCCAAGGCUGGUAUUAUUCCUUCUGUCAUCACCUGAAUCAUGUGUGUUUCUACGCGUUGUUGGGACCUGUUACGGGCCUGUAAACAACGUGCAUAUUGGAGGAGAUGAACUCUGUGUCUUAAUGAACAAAAAAAAUGUAUUAAUUAUGUUGCUCUUUUAUGUUGUUGUUGAUGUGUUGUUGUCGAUGUGUUUUUUUAAAUAUAUAUAUUUGAUUGGAGUGCCGGUUUACUGCAAAUGGUGUCUUCAUCUGCUUUUCAUCUUUCAAAUCCUGUUCCAAUAGUAUUUAUUAGAUACCACAGCCACAAAGUGGUCACAGAGUUCAGAGUAACACUAGUGUGUCUACAAAUUACAAAAUGUCCUUUGUCAAUAAAUGUAACCUUUUUGUUCGGAAUAUCACAGUGCACUCAGUGUUAGUGGAAAGGCAUCUGAAUCCCUUGUGGAUUCUGUUUGAACUGUGUCAAAACCAAACCAGUCCAACUUAGGCUCUUUUGGCUUUUCAAGAACUACACCAGUCCAGAGCUGUAAUUCACAGACCCAUUAAUCAUUGGUGGGACUAAAUCAAAUGAAAAUGUAUGUUCAAAAUCUAUGUUUAUAUUACAACAUUUACUCAGAUUCAAAGUGAUUCCCACUACAGCAUAUCCUCCUUUGUACUUUUAUUUUUCUUCUGCUCGUAGAUCAUUUUAUUGAUUUGAAGUUAAGAUCAAAAAGUAGUCCUCUAUUAUGGUACUAUGAAGCUAAAUGUGACACCAAAGUUUUGUAUGAUUAUUGUUCCUUUAGGGUGUGAUGUAUUUCUGAUGUCCAGAUGGCAAUGUGGUCCACAGAUAUUCAGGAUGUACAUUUCUUAACUUCCCAACCUCAGAUCUGCUUUGCUGGAGAAAACAAUUAAGUUAUUGCUACUGAAAGUCAAUAUAUACAAGAGAUCAGUGGAGGCUGGUGGGAAGAGCUAUAGGAGGAUGGGCUCAUUGUAAUGGCUGGAAUGGAAUGAAUUUAACGGUAUCAAACACAUUAAAUGUAUGGAACCCACAUUAUUGACUCCAUUCCAUCUAUCCACUGGGCUCUCGAGUGGCGCAGUGGUCUAAGGCACUGCAUCUCAGUGCUUGA